CCAAGGGAUAGAUAGGAGCCCCCAGCAUAACCUCGCCGCCGCCGCCGCCGCCAUGAGAGGCCCCAACCGCCGCCCCACGGGAGCCUCCGCCUCGACGUCUAGCAAGCGCGAACCGGAGGAAGACUUGCCCAGCGCAUCCGAAGAGUCGGACGAGGACGAGGAGGUCUCCUCGUCGUCGGUGUCGGAGUCCGAGUCAGGGAGCGACGACGAGGAUGUGGCGCGGGAGCGGGAGCUGGAGCGCGCGCUGGCCGACGUGCCCUUCGGAGAGCUGCAGCGCGCGAGGGCCGACGGGUCGCUCGCCUUGCGGACUGCCUCUGCGGCCAAAGCAGCCGCAGAGAAGAAGGCUCGCAGGGCUAGCAAGAAGAGGCCGAUGGAGAUAAGCACGAAAAUGCGGCCACCGAAGCUCAGGGAGGUGAUCCAGGUUCCCAAGAAGGUUGUAAGGGAUCCCAGAUUUGAACCUAUAUAUGGAUCUGUUGACAAAGAAGGGUUCAGGAAAAGAUACAAUUUCUUAUUUGAUGAAGACUUUCCUGCUGAAAAACAGAGACUUCAAGAAAUGAUUAAGAAAUCGAAGGACCCAAAUGCCAUUGAAGAAAUGAAGAGUCGUGUCACAUGGAUUGAUAAGCAGUUGAAGUCGCAUCCUCGAAAGAAUGUUGAAUCAGAGAUCCUGCGCGAACAUAUUAAGAAAGAGAGGGAAGCAGCAAAGGCCGGAAAGCGACCAUACUAUCUUAAGAGAUCUGAACUUCGCGAAAGGAAGUUGAUUAAUAAGUACGAGGAGCUCAAGGAGGCAGGAAAACUUGAUGCCUUCAUGGAGAAGCGGCGGAGGAAGAAUGCUUCUAAAGAUCACCGGUACAUGCCAUACCGAAGGAAUGGGGACAGUGCAUGAUGAUGUCUCGAGGCGAAAGGGUGAUGCUAGGAUGGUCUUUUUAAUGCUCACUGAGGAGUCAGUGUUCACUGGUACUUUGUUACCCUAGUCCACAAGUUACAUUGAGCUGUGAGUUGGUAAUAGUAACAGAUUUUGCUAAAUCAAAUUAUGGAUAUAAUAUUUUGUUUUGUGCAAUACUUUUUUUGCGAA